UACUCUCUUCUCAGUACACGUUUCCUCAUCUUUUCCCCAACUGAGCUGGCAUCCCAGGAGGGCAGGGGCUGGGUGUCUGAGAGGCACUGGCCCCAGUCCUGGCCUACCUAGCCUGGGAUCAUAUGACCCCACCAACACACACACAAUAGUGGGGCCUGCAGGACAGCAAGAAUCAUCCAGCCUGGGUCCACGAAGCAUUAGGUGUGGGAACUCGGAAAGUCCGCCCUGCGUCACAUGACUCUCCUCACUUGAGGCAGGACAACUUUGUGCCCAAGAUACACAACCCAGAAAUCAUCAGUCCAGAGUUUAAUAAUUUGGUCGCAUAAAACUGUGUAACUACUUGACAGCCAAAACCGGCCAGCCUAGUCUUUUGAGACAAGAGAUGGGAAUUCCACAGUGGUCCAGUGGUUAAGACUCCAUGCUUCCACUCCAGGGGGCGGGCUCGGUUCAAUUCUUGGUCUGGAAAUUAAGAUCUGGCAUGCCAUGCUAUGCAGCCAAAAAAGGAGAGAGAUCCCUUUCUUCCACAGCCACUAAGGUGCUCGGUCCUUCUGAGGAAGCCAAGGCCAUUUUGGGGUGAGGCCCUCACAUCAUCUGGAGACUGGCACUGAGCCAGCAGCCCCACCGAGCACUCGCCCGCACCAUGGCCUCUGUCUCGGAGCUUCCUUGCACCUACUCGGCCCUCAUUCUGCCCAGUGAGGUGAUGGUCACAGAGGAUAAGAUCAGUGCCCUCGUUAAAGCAGCUGGUGUAAAUGUUGACAGUUUCUGGCCAGGCUUGUUUGUAAAGGCUUUGGCCAGUGUCAGCAUCAGCAGCUUCACCUGCCAUGUGGGGGCUGGUGGACCUGUCCCGACAGCUGGAGCUGCACCACCAGAAGGUCCUGCCCCCUCCACCACUGCUGCCCAGUCUGAGGAGAAGAAAGUAGAAACAAAGAAAAAAGAAUCUGAAGACCCUGAUGAUGACAUGAGCUUUGCUCUUUUUGACUAAACCUCUGUAGUAACUUCCCUGGUGGCUCAGAUGGUAAAGCAUCUGCCUACAAUGUGAGAGACCCGACCUCGAUCCAUGGGUCGGGAAGAUCCCCUAGAGAAGGUAAUGGCAACCCUCUCCAGUACUCUUGCCUGGAAAAUCCCAUGGAUGGAAGAUCCUGGUAGGCCACAGUCCGUGGGUUCGCAAAGAGUUGGACACAAUUGAGCGACUUCACUCACUUUAGUAACACAUUCAAUAAAAAGCUGAGCUCUUUAAAGAGAGAGAGACUGAGAGAAAAUCUCUGCAACAUGUGGAACACAGGGCUAACUAAGCCCUGCUAUAUGCUGAUCAGGGUCUUUUGGGGAGGCAGCUGCUUAGUAUCAGUGAACAUGUAAAUGCCCAUAGGUUUUGAACUGGCAGUUCCACUUAAAGAUAAUUAUCUUAGGAGAUUUACACAUCUUCAGAGCUGCUAACAAACAAAAAGAAUGAGCAUACUAACACAUAUAUAUGGAAUUUAGAAAGAUGGUAACGAUAACCCUAUAUGCAAAACA